AUGGAGAACGCAAAUCAAUCGUCUUUCUGGCAGUUUACCGACAAUCUCCGCCUCCAGACAAACAGCCUCGCCAACCUGUCCCUCAACGAUUCCAUCUGGAGCACUAACUACGCCGCCAAGCGCCCGGCGGAGCAGCGCCGGAACUUCGAUUUCCGGAACCCCGGAGCUGACGCCGGGUCCAAUUUCUCCGACCCGAAGCUCGAUUUCAACAACCUAGGGUUUAACGACGACGCCUGGAAGGCUCCGAUCAUCGACAGCCUGAGCGACUCCAAGGUUAAUUACUCCGGCUUCGACCCAGGGCUGAACGGCGGGUUCAACAAGGGGAUCUACUCCUCGUCUUCUUUGAAUUUCAACAGCUACAGCAAGGGGAAGGGUUUUGCUAACAGUAUCGUGUUGAAUGGGAAGGUGAUUAAUAAGGGCGGUAAAAUUGAGGAGGGGAAGAAGAAUAAAGGCAGCAAGGAGAGCAAUAAUAACGGAAAUGGUGAGAAUAAGAGUGCCGUUGAUAAGAGGUUUAAGACCCUGCCGCCGGAAGAGGCCUUGCCGAGGAACGAGACAGUUGGUGGCUAUAUCUUCGUCUGCAAUAAUGAUACUAUGGCUGAAAAUCUCAAGAGGCUGCUUUUUGGCUUGCCCCCUCGUUACCGUGACUCUGUUCGUACAAUAACUCCCGGUUUGCCGCUCUUUCUUUACAACUACUCAACUCAUCAGCUCCAUGGGAUUUUUGAGGCUGCGAGCUUUGGAGGGACUAAUAUCGAUCCAUCGGCUUGGGAGGACAAAAAAAACCCGGGUGAAUCUCGUUUUCCUGCUCAGGUUCGUGUGGUGACUAGGAAGAUCUGUGAGCCACUGGAAGAGGACUCGUUCAGGCCAAUUCUUCACCAUUAUGAUGGACCCAAGUUUCGUCUCGAGUUGAACAUCCCCGAGGUCCUCUCACUCUUGGACAUCUUUGAAGAGAACAAAGCUUGA